GGAACAAAUUUUGCGUGUGAAAAAUGACGAAAGCAUACCGUUUCUGUUGGUGGGCAACAAAUGCGAUUUGAACGACAAACGCAAAGUGCCGCUGAACGAAUGCCAGACACGUGCCCAACAGUGGCAGGUGCCCUACGUGGAGACCUCAGCCAAGACGCGUGAAAACGUCGACAAGGUAUUUUAUGAUUUAAUCAGGGAUAUUUCUUCGCGAAAGAAACAACGUCAGUCCGAUGUGCGACAGCCGCCAAAAACCAAAUCUCAUUGCUGCCAACUGCUGUAAUAUUCAUGAAAUUUGAAAACCGAACAACUUCAAUACAAAAAUAACAAACAAAAAACAAAAACGACGCUGAUGAACAACACAAGCAGAAUGCCGCAAACCAACAAUGACAAUGACGACGAAUGAAUAAAAAUAAUUAUUCUCCAUUUAGAUACGGAAAAGAGAAAAAACAAAAACAACAACAUGCAAAGCUUUUGUCUUUGCAAGAGUUAUUAAAAUAAAAAGUAAAACAAGAGUUAAAAUAAGUUCUAAAACUGCAGCGCAACUCUGUUAUAUUACAACAAUAAAGGAGAAAAUGAAAACAGCAUAUACAACUCAAUUUAUGCGUAAAUUUGUAAAAAAAAAUAUUAUAAUUAAAACCUACAAGCCACUUACAAUUGCAUGCUUACAUACAUACAUACAUACAUAAGUUUAUAUAGGUAAAUAUAAAGCAACACCAAUUGUAAAAUCAAUCAACAACGUACUGUAUUCAAUAAAUGAACAAAUGAGAAACCAAAAUAUACAACAACAA